AUGCAACGAACUUUCGACCAAUUCGCAGACGUCAACGCAGAAAACGGCGAGUACGGAAAUGCCCUCCAGGCUGCGGCACUUGAAGGAAACGUAACAACCAUACAUUUGCUUCUCGAGAAGGGCGCAGACGCCAACGCAAAAGGAGGCCGUUAUGGAACGGCUCUUCAGGCUGCGGCAUUUGGAGGAAAUACGGCUACCGUACAGGUGCUUCUUCAAAAGGGCGCGGACGUCAACGCAAAAGGAGGCCGUUAUGGAAAUGCCCUCCAAGCUGCAGCACUAGAAGGAAGCAUAGCAACUAUACAAGUGCUUCUCCAGAAUGGGGCAAACGUUAACGCACAAGGAGGCCGUUAUGGGAGUGCCCUCCAGGCUGCAGCACUCCAGGGAAAUACAGCGACUAUACAAGUGCUUCUCCAAAAAGGCGCGGAGGUCAAUGCACAAGGAGGCCGUUACGGAAGUGCCCUCCAGGCCGCGGCAUUCCGAGGAGACUUAGCGACCGUACAAGUGUUUCUCAAAAAGGGUGCGAAUGUUAACGCACAAGGUGGGGAGUAUGGAAACCCCCUACAGGCUGCGGCAUUCCGAGGAGACACACCGACUGUACAAGUGCUUCUCGAGAAGGGCGCGGACGUCAACGCAGAAGGUGGCGAGUAUGGAAAUGCCCUUCAGGCUGCGGCAUCUAGGGAAGACACAGCGACCGUACAAGUGCUCCUCGAGAAGGGCGCAGACGUCAACGCAGAAGGUGGCGAGUAUGGCAGUGCUCUUCAAGCUGCGGCUUUUCAAGGAAACAUCACAACUAUACAAGUGCUGCUCCAAAAAGGAGCGGACGUCAACGCACUAGGAGGCCGUUACGGAAGUGCCCUGAAGGCCGCGGCAUUUCGAGGAAACACAAAGAUCAUACAAGUGCUUCUCGAGAAGGGGGGAGAUGUCAACUUACAAUAUGGUCGCUAUGGUAGUGCCCUCCAAGCUGCAUUAUUUGGAGGAGACACCGGGACCUUACGAGUGCUUCUUGAGAAGGGAGCAGAUGUCAACGCAGAAGGUGGCGAGUAUGGCAGUGCUCUUCAGGCUGCGACGUUUCAAGGAAACGUAACGAUCAUACGAGUGCUCCUCGAGAAGGGCGCGCACGUCAACGCACCAGGAGGUUAUUAUGGAAGUGCUCUUCAGGCCGCGGCAUUUCGAGGCGACACAGCGAUUGCACAAGUGUUUCUAGAAAAAGGCGCCGAUGUCAACGCACAAGGUGGUAAGUAUGGGAACGCUCUUCAGGCUGCAGCAUUUCGAGGAAAUAUAGCAACAAUGCAAGUGCUUCUCGAGAAGGGCGCGGACGUCAACGUAGAAGGUGGCGAGUAUGGCAGUGCUCUUCAGGCCGCGGCUUUCCAAGGCAAUACAGCAACAAUACAAGUGCUUCUCGAGAAGGGCGCGAACGUUAACGCACCCGGAGGCUGUUUCGGAAGUGCUCUCCAGGCCGCGGCGUUUCGAGGAGACACAGCGACCGCACAAGUGCUUCUAGAAAAAGGCGCCGAUGUCAACGCACAAGGCGGAGAGUAUGGGAACGCUCUUCAGGCUGCAGCGUUUCGAGGAAAUACAGCAACAAUACAAGUGCUUCUCCAGAAGGGCGCAGGUGUCAACGUACAAGGAGGCCGUUAUGGAAGUGCUCUCCAGGCUGCGGCAUCUGAGGGGAACACAGCGGCCGUACAAGUUCUUCUCGAGGAGGGCGCGGACGUCGACGCUCAUGGCGGUAACGAAGGACGGACAUCACUUCAUCUCGCAGUAGAGGCAGGCGCUACCUCUGUUGUUACUCAACUUCUCGAACAUGGUGCUCUUACCAAUAUACAUGAUUUUAGCGAUGCAACCCCACUACAACUUGCGGUGGAAAAGUCCGACCAUCGAAUUGCGCUUCUCCUUUUUCCGAAAAGCAAUGACAGUCUCCGCUUUUUCAAGGCUUCCACAUGGAGAGCCCUCUUGCCUGGUGCCGAAGGCCAUCUUGAAAUGAUUGCAGGGAAAUCCUCCAUCGUUAGGAAAAAGCGAGAGAAUGAGAUCAGGAAUAUGAGCUAUCCCCUUUUCCAGAACGUUGGGGAGCUGGCUGAAAGGAUCGAUGAUCUUAUGACAUCGGACUUUAAUUCCAGGCGAAUCUUUAUUCUUGCUAAUGGAUCUCUAUUUUCAUCUUUCUCAACUGGCGCCCGCUGUAGUUGGUGGCUCAGAACACAGCGGCAAUCGUCGAUAGACUAUUUCAAUGGUCGACGCAUACAGGAGGUGAGCCGAUUAUGGAAAAUCCAGUCUAGCACAGUACCCAACCGAGACGUUUUGAGCCGAAUUCCGAUGAAAGACUUGUAUGAAGGCUUCAUCGAAUGCUGUUUUACUACUCGUACAAUUGCGUUACCUACCUCGGCCAAAAUCAGUUGGCCCAGGUUGUCCGAUGCCUCCACAAUAGACAUAAGGCGCUUUGAAAAGACACAUGGUAUUCUCUGGAUCUUGACCAAGCGCCACGACACCAAGGCCUCAGAAAGUGAUUUGGAAUCAAGAAUAUUCUUCAGCACCUCUGAAUACGCACAAGUACCACCUUCUGCAACGCACCUUUUCCCCUUGCUUGUUCAGCAACUACUGCAAGAGUGGGAUAGUACUUUUCACGCAGCGGAAGGCCGUUUGGAAAUGAUGAGUCUCUUUGGAAUGAACAUAGACAUCUUGGCGUUCAAUCCGCCUUGGUGGUUGUAUAUUCCUUUUGCCGCGGCCACCACGCUGCUGACGCUCGCGGUGUGGCUCAUCUUCAAGGGCAACAGUGAUGUUAGUAUGACUAAUAUCUUCCGGGUCUUUCGGUCGUUAACCAUCUAG